UAUUUUUUGUUAUAAAUUUUUAAAAUUUUAUUUACUUAAUAACAAAUUACAUGGCAACAGGGAGCAAUAAAACAAUUAAAUGUCAAAGAGAUUUAAUACAAAAUCAUAAAGAAUUUAAACAAACAUUUAAGGAUUUAAAAAAGGGAAACCAGGAAUAUAAUGGAAGGAAUUUGCAUUUAAGUAGCAUUGUAAGGCAGCGUUUAAGAGGUGGCAUGGAUGUUGCUACUUCUGAAGAUAGUUUUUCUAUGAGCGAUCAUCCUGAGGAGGAAUAUUAUGGCCGAUCUAAACAGUAUAAGCUACUAAGACGUUUGGUGAAAUAUGGCCAGCUUUUAGUUAUGACUAUAUGUUGGUUGACCUUCACCUACUUUCUCAUGGCCAAUGAAGAAAUUGAAUAUGAAGCCAUUACCUUGUCUGUGCCGCCAGGUAAAGAAGGUCUUAUUGUUAGUAUAAAUCAAAAAGUGAUCGCUUCAAGUUUAUGUCUGAGAUUAUAUGGACCUUUUACUAAGACCACUUUUCGUUUCGAUGAGCUGCAGUCUAGUCACUUUGAGAGUCCUUUUUUGUGGAUUAAAUUGCAACAAGUGGAGGAGGAUAAUUCUAUUAAAAUUGUCAAAUCUAUUUUACAUCUACACCUGUCCGAGCAGCAUAAUGGGGAAUGGCAGGAUAUCAUAAUGGUGGAAAAGAUAAUAGAAGAUGUUACGUUGGAUAAUGGCAAAUAUCAGUUGAAUUUUAUGAGCAAUUUUAAUGGAACCAUACCCUUACAAGUGGCCUAUCAAUUUAGCAUGGUCUCCAAGAAGACCGGUUUAAUAUUGGGCUUAUUGUUGUUGCUUAUUAUCUAUAUAGCCAUCAUGUUUGAGCUGGUGCAUCGUACAUUGGCAGGAGUAAUCUGUUCCACUUUGGCUGUGGGUAUUAUAGCGGCAGUACAUCUGAGACCUACUCUUCAGAUAAUAUUCAAUAUCUGGGGUAAUAUUGAUACUAUUAUGUUGUUCUUUGGUGCUUCACUUAUUAUUGAACUUCUGGCGGAAACCGGUUUGCAAGAUUAUUUAGCUGCUGUCAGUUAUGAACUAUCCAAUGGUCAUAUAUGGCCCAUGUUGCAUUCUCCCAUUUGUUUGCGUUUAUGUGAAAUUAUGCAAUUGGAUUGUACUCCCAUUCUCAGCUGUCUCAUCAUAGCCAUAAAUGUGGGUUCAACCCUCACACCCAUUAGUUCCAUAAGCAAUAAUCUGAUAUCAAACUCACCGUUUUUAACCAAUCAUCAAAUACAAUUCACAGAAUUCAUAGUGCACAUGUUGCCCGCCACUUUACUCACGUUGGCUCAGUCGUAUAUCCAUUUAAGAUUACAAUUCCUUGACUCCACUAAAAUGCGUAAUUUUGAACCAUUUCAACAGCGUCGCCUUAAACGUUUAAUAAACGUUUGGCGUAGAGCCUCUCUGCGUAUGGGUGACUAUACUUGGGAUGAAAGUUUGGCGCGACAAACCGUGGAUCGUCGUAUAGUUAAUUUGCGCAAACGUUUAAAACGUUUGGGUAAAAUGCCUGAAAAACCCUCAGAUUUUGAGGAGAAUGUACAAAAUCUAAGAGCCAGUUAUCCCAUAAAAAAUACAACUUUAGUAAUAAUUUGUCUCUUAGCAUUGCUAAUUACUUUGCUGUUCUCCAUUUUAUCUCGUAUAGAUCAACUAAUUAAAGUCUCUAAAGGUUGGAUUGCUAUAUUAUCCGCCCUACUAGCUUUAUCACUCAGCAACUAUGAGGAUAUCGAAGGUAUGUUAUCGCGCAUAGACUGGUCCACAAUGCUGUUUUUUGUUACUCUGUCCAUCAUCAUACAAGUCUUAAUCACUUUGGGACUCUUAGAAAAUAUCGGCCUACUACUCGAACAUUUCAUCAUCAAUGUCGCUGAAGAGCAUCGCUUAACAGUGGCUAUAAUUUCUAUUAUAUGGAUUUCAGCCAUUUUAACCACAUUCAUCGAUAACGUUCCAGUGGCUGAUAUGAUGAUGCGCAUUAUUGGCACCUUGUCUUUAAAUCACCACAUCAAUAUACCCAUUAUGCCGCUGGUUUGGUCUCUGGCUUUGGGUUGUACUCUGGGUGGUAAUGGUUCGAUUGUGGGUGCUUUUGCUAAUAUAGCUUGUGCUGGUCUAUUUUAUAAUUUAGCAAGUGGUUAUGCUUCUGUUAGACCCCAUUAA